AUAUUUUUAUACUGAUCUUAUCAAAAAAGAUAUAUAAAUUUUUGAAUAGAUUGAUGUAAAACUUACAUCUUAUUUUUUUGAUAUACAAAUAGUAUUCUUUUUUAUAUAUAUUUGCAGGAAACUAACAAAAGUUCGAACUGGAUGUUUGUGACAUCCAUGUAGACCUUACGAAGGAAGAUUCGUUCCCAACCAACUUCUCUGAUUGGAUUCAAAACCAAGUUUGUUUUUUUUUAAAAAAAAUAGCAGACAUUUUUAAAGCUAGCUUUAAAUUAUACUUCUCAACACUCCAUCUAUUUAACAUUUAUUAUUAUUAUUAUUAUUGUUAUUGUUAUUAUUAUUUCAAUGCGUCAAGUUAACUGUUUCUAAAACUACGGGUCAAACAGGUAUCCACAUUCCACAGUGCACAGAUUCAAACCGCGCGCUUACUUGGGCUCUACGUCGGCGUGAGCGUGUCUUCUGUCUUGCGUCCUAGUGAAUGCGCCGCCUCUGCUCGCUUAUAUAUUAAUAAACUUAUUAUACUCGAGCAUUUCGUCGAACACCCUACCUACACGCUACAUCGUCGUAGUUUUGGGAUUCUUAUAUAUAUGGUAUACUUGCUAGAGAUCGCGUAAAGCGUGGGAGAUAUAGAUGGAGACGGAGAAGGCGGCGAACCUGUUGCUGUCGCUCUCGUCGACCCACACGAGGGCGAUCGACGAGGCGAUUCGGAGGAGGAAGAAGGCGACGCGGGGGGCCGCGGACGGGGCCUUCGUGUGCAAGACGUGCAGCCGCGAGUUCGACUCGUUCCAGGCCCUCGGCGGCCACAGCACGAGCCACAAUCGCGCCAGAUCCCUCGACCCGGCCGCGACGAGGAAGAAGACGACGACGACGACGACGACGACGACGCAGAAGCACGAAUGCUCCAUAUGCGGGCUAGGGUUUUCGAUGGGCCAGGCGCUCGGGGGCCACAUGCGGCGCCACAGGGCCGCGAUGGAGGAUUCGGCGGCGGCGACGGUGGGUGCGAGGCGGGGCGAGGAGGGGUUCGAUUUGAACCAACUCCCCCCGUUGGAGGAUGAGGAGGAGAACGCGCCGGAGAUCUGUGGCGGUGGGAACGGGAGAGGGUCGGAGCGUCGCUUGCUUGAACUGUUUAUGUAGGAUUUUUAUUAGGAUAUUAGGAUUGGACAAAUUAUGCGGAUUUUUUUUUUUGUUUUUUUGGUAUAGUUUGAUUUUUGAAAUUUGGCUAUAUUGAUUUUUUUUAAGAUUUAUUUAUUUAUUUAUUUAUUUACAUCGUAAAUGAAUUGUAAAUAUUUUGAAGGUGGCUAGGAAGUUAGGUUUCUGCAUGAAUUUGGUGCAUGAUAAAGGUGAUAGAAGUACACUGGAGAGUCCUUCAAUAUUAGAGUAGGAGCUCCAUUUGUUUUGUGCUCUGAUUGUGACCAUGGUUGAUUUUAUGGGAAAUGACAAGGAUUGUAAUUUUGUAAGAUAAGAAAUUGUUAAAACUUUUGAAUUCAAAAGUUUUGCCAUCUAU